CCCAGGAACGUGAUGCCACUUGUGGGCCCUCAGAUUGGAUAGGACAGAGAUGAGUGAGAGGGUGGUGCCUGCUGGGCCCCCGAGCACAAACCGCAGGAGGGGGCUGAAUGUACGAGUGCAUGAGCCGGGGGAGGGGACGCGCGCUCCUGCAGCACUGGCCUCGGGAGUUGGGGGGCGAGCUCCUUGGUGACGCGAGGCCCUCACGUGACCGGGAGCUGCAGAGGGACGCAGCCUUCGGUGCAGUCGUCACUCCCUUCUGGGUACCAGCGCCCCGCUGUACUGCGCGCGGCGGGCUGGCACCGGCCCAGGGCAAGCGGAGCAGUCACUCCUUGCCUUUGUCUUACUUGUGUUCAAAGAAAAACAACCUGGAAAAAAAUCUCAUCAUGGCAGAUAUCCACCACGAAAACGAGGAAAUGGAGCAGCCCAUGCAGAAUGGAGAGGAAGACCGCCCUUUGGGAGGAGGUGAAGGCCACCAGCCAGCUGGAAAUAAUCGACGGGGACAGGCCCGCCGACUGGCCCCUAACUUCCGAUGGGCCAUACCCAAUAGGCAGGUCAAUGAUGGGAUGGGCGGAGAUGGAGAUGAUAUGGAAAUGUUCAUGGAGGAGAUGAGAGAAAUCAGGAGAAAACUUAGGGAGCUGCAAUUAAGGAAUUGCCUGCGUAUCCUUAUGGGGGAGCUCUCUAAUCACCAUGACCAUCAUGAUGAAUUUUGCCUUAUGCCUUGAUUCCUGCCAUUUUCUAUGAGAUUAAUACUGUGAUUCCCACUGUUAUUUUCUUUUUCCUUGCGUUUUCUGAUAGGCCUUUACUGAUCUGUUUGCUAUGAACCUCAUGUAAUUUCCAUGUGUCAAGUGGGUUCUGUGUUACCAGCUUCUACUUGGAGAUUGCCUUGGCACACAGUCUUGUUUCUGCCAAUAGUAGUUUCACCCAUUUGCAUGGAAAAAUGUAAAGUUAAUAAAGCAAAUAAAAAUCAACCUA